UAACAAUAUAUUACAGUAGCCGGAGAGAGACAGAGAAGAGGGGAGGAAGAAGAAGAAGAAGAAGAAGAAGACGAAGGAGAUGAAGGAGACAAGCGCAUCGGCGAACGAUCCGAGGAAACCGUCGACGGCGAGGCCGUACGUGCCGCCGACGAUCUCCCCUCAGGAUCUCCCCAUCGACUACGCCGGAUUUCUCGCCGUCGUCCUCGGCGUAACCGGCGUCAUGUUCCGAUACAAACUAUGUUCGUGGUUGGCUAUAAUAUUCUGCGCCCAGUCUUUUGCAAACAUGAAGAAUAUUGAGAAUGAUCUUAAACAAGUAUCCAUGGCUUUUAUGUUUGCGGUCAUGGGUUUGGUGACCAAUUACUUUGGGCCUAACCGUGCUGCCAAUGUGAAGCGCUAGUUUCACCUUAACUAUCGGACUCACCGGCUGCUAUUGACAUAGGAUUUUGGAUCUUGAUAUAAAGAUAUGGAGAAACUAUUCCAAGCUAAAGGCUUGAUUUUCUAGUCCUUUUAAGAGUAUGAUCUGUAAUGGAUGAAUGCGGUGCAAAUUGUUUCGUCUGAAUUCCUGAGUAACUUUAAUUCCUUUUUCAACAUGCUUUUGUAUUGUUUUAAUUGGAUUAGAUGCUGAUUAUGACUUCGUAUUUGUUGGAUUUGACUUGGAGAAAGGAAAACAAUUUUCUUCUCCCACAUUCUGUAGUAAGAAAUUUAUUCAAAAUUUAAGACCCACGUAUGUAUGUA